AUGGAGAAACUUUGGAUUGUGUUGGGUGACUUUAAUGCAGUCCUGAGAGAUAGUGAUAGAUGUGGAGGUAAUAUUGCUAAUCAAAAUGAUUGUGAGGAGUUUGAAAACUGUUUGGAUAAUACUAAUCUGGUUGAACUGAAAUGGAGAGGUAAUAAGUAUACUUGGACUAAUAACCAACAAGAAGAGGAUAGAAUUUGGAGGAGGAUUGGUAGAGUGUUAGUGUCUGAAAAAUGGCUGGAUAAUUUUGAAUGUGAAGCUAGUGUCUUGAGCCAAGGCAUAUCUGAUCAUGUUGCUCUUAUUGUGAAGUUUAAGGAGCCUAUGACCUUUAGCUUCAAACCUUUCAGGUUUUUCAAAAUGUGGACUGAAUCUAAAGAUUUUAUGGAGAUAGUCAGUAAAUCCAGAGAGAGUUUGAAAGAAAUUCAGGAGAACCUGCAACUAGAUCCUAUAAAUGUUGUACUACUAAAGGAGGAGCAGGCUCUAGUAAUAAAUUUUAGAAAGCUUCUGAGACUGGAGGAGAACUUCUACAAGCAGAAAUCUAGAGUCCAAUGGAUUGAACUUGGUGACCACAAUACCAAGAGCAGGAUAAAAUCUCAGAGUGUAUUGUGGAAUACUAUAAAGAGCUUAUUGGAAAGUAUAAAAGUAGAAGAGGGAAUGUCAUGGAGAUUGGAAGUACAGUAA